AUGGCGUCGGAAAGAGCCCCCGCGUCCGUCAAGGAGAUCUGGGAGAAGACCAUCGUUCGCUUCCACGAGCGCACGGGCCAAAGGCUCGAUGGUGUCUCCAGGGGCCCGGAGGAUCUGCGAAGGCUCCUCGACGCGCAUUAUGCCGCAGAAGCGGACGAUAAGAGUGUUUCGCAGGCUAAAGCGGUGGGGUUCCAAAUGAUACACUGUAUCCAGCUCUUGGGGGGUAUUGCGUCCCAGGGUGCGUCCAUGGUUUUCGCCCCGGCAGGACUCUGUUUCAACGCUCUUUCUUUCCUGUUGGAUAUUCCCAAAAAGGUCCAUGAGUUCCAUGGCGAGAUCGACGCCAUCUUUGCCGAGGUCGGACCAGCUCUGGCAAAGUUUCGGAUCUACGAGCGGAUGGAGGAGAGCUCGCAGAUCGACGAGGCUCUGCGACUGUCCAUCUACCAGGUUAUGACGAGUUUUGUGAACCUGUGUGCCGACUGCAUUAAUAUCCAUCACGAGGGACGAUGGAAGGGCUUCAAGCGCAACGCCAAACGUAUCCUCUUAGAUGAUGGGUCUGUCCAGAGCCAGUUGGCACAUUUCAAGAAGCUCACUCAAGACCAGCUGAACAUCCAAGCGACUCUGACCCUCGAGGUGGCGGUGGAAACCGGCCAGCACGUCAGGUUUAUGAAGGCCACCACACUCGACAUCGACACAAACACCAAGGCGAUCAAGAGCGACGUAUCUGGGCUCGUGGAGGCUGAGAACAAGCGCACAUUUGAUGACAACCGGAAGCAAAUUCUAAGUACCAUAAAAGCUACCCUUGGGCAGAAGGACGACAAGAUAGCCGCCGUGCUCGAGGCCCGAGAUACGCUCUGUGAGGGCGCUGUGAAGGAUAGCGGAAAAUGGUUGAAUGAAAUCGACGCAUAUAAGCAGUGGAUCAAUCGAAGCAGUGCUGCAGAUUUCCUACUCUUGCUGACUGGUGAAAAUGGAACAGGCAAAUCCUUGCUUGUCUCUGCGGUUGCGCAGGAAAUCAAAUCUGGAAACUUGGCCACAAAGGCUGAGCGCAGCCUGAUUGGAUAUUAUUCCUUCUCCAGGGUAGAGAAACGAGACAAAGAGGGCGACAGACAGCGGCCAGAGGCAGCGAUCAAGUCUAUCUGUGUCCAGCUGGCGGAGCAGGACAUCGUCUACGCGAGGCGUGUUUCUAGUGUGUGCGGCGAGGCUGGGAAGAACGAAAAGUACUUCAGAGAUGCCAGCUGUGCGGAUCUCUGGGUCACGUUGGGAAUAGGCAUGCCGACCAAAAAUACGACGCAUUACAUCCUACUCGACUCAGUCAGCACGCUCAGCCCGGCAGACCGUGAGCGGCUUAUAAGGGCGAUUCAACAAGGCGACCAGGGCAAGUCCAGCCGCGUUAGAGUGCUUCUCAGCGGCGAGCCAGGAACAUUAAAGGGCGCUCAGCUCUUCUCGUCACCGACGAAGACUAUCGACAUUACAGGAUAUAACAAGGCUGACAUCAAAGCAUUCAUUGUGGAGGAGCUGAAGCGCGCGGGUAUCUUCCAGGGCGCGGACGAGGACUCGCAGCGACGGAAAAGGCUGGUCGAGGAACGACUCUGGGCGCGAUCCAACAAUUCCUAUUUGACAGUUCAGCAGGAUCUGCGCAAGAUUGAAGAGAUCAUCGCCUCAGGUGGCACGGAAGAAGAGCUCAACCGGGUGUUGCAUGAGUCGAGCACGGAUCCACAGGUACUGGUGCGAUCGGAAAUCGAAGGAUUGGAAGCAAUGCUCAAGGCCCGGGAGAUUGAGGAAAUCAAUGAGCUUCUGAUCUGGGCUGUGGCUGGAGACGAAUGGAUGAUUCUGGAGGAACUGGAAGCGGCCUUGUUCCUCCGCUUCAAGACCGUGUCUCUCCAGCCACUCGACAAAAAGAUCACGGGGAAGUACUCCAAGCUCUUUACCUUGACCUACGGGAAAUACCUGGCAUUCAGAGAUCAUGUUCGAGACUGCGUUGUUGCCCAACGCGACAGGCCUAGACAGUCCGUGGAUGACCCGAAGAUCACGGCCACGAUCAGCAUCACCAACGGCGAUCUCAAGUUAGUCCAGCGCUUCUUCUGGGACUUGAACCAUUACUCCUUCCUAGGUGGAUUUGCGUUUCAGCCAGCUUCCGAUCAGACAAACGCAGGCCAGCGGAAGAUUCAGGUGUACGAAGCUGAUGCUCACCUCGAGGCUGUCAAAAGGGCCUUCGAUAUCUUUUUGCAACCGGUGGUUGAUGAAAGGGGCAAGGCAUUGGGCUCGUACCUGAUGCGCUCCAUCACAACCCAUCUCAAGGCCCUGUCCGAGGUAACUGGGCUGGACGAGCUGCAGCCCGCUGAUAAGCAGUUCAUUGGAUCGCAUGUCUAUGAGAUGUUCAACGAGGGUGAUCUCAUCGAGCGGAAUUGGGAAUUGUGCUACACGGUAUACUGGUACGAGCGUAAUGACGAUAUGGAGGUCUUCUGGAUGUGGUUGGAUGACCCACUGGCCAUCGCUGGCUUAGGGCCUCGGGACAAACGAUGGCUGGCAGACCUAAAGAAAGACAAACAUCGCAACUCGGGUCUGUUGACUCCGAUCAUGACCAUGGUGGCUCGAAAUUGGCUACAGAAAUCCGAAUGGGACGCCUACGGGACAUUCAGAUGGAUCAGGGGAUUCCUGACUUUGGGCGCCGAACCACAGCAGGAUGAUCAGGCGGGUGUGGCCAAGCAGGCUGAGAACUCGGAGAACGGAAACGGCCGAAUUAUCAUAUAUGACAACGAGUCAGACUUGCAAACGAUCGCCAAAGCUGAGCAGUGGUGCAAGCAGUCCUUGGGAGUCACCGAAGCGGACUACACAUGGUGUAUCCGAUUAGGUGACACCUAUGCUGACGUGCGCGAGUAUGACGCUGCGAGCGAGCAGUACAAGAAGGCUGCCACAAUUCUCCAAGCUCAGGACCCCGUCAACAAGGAGCAGCUGCGAGAUGUGUUCAAAGCUCUCGGUGAAGUCGCGACCGACCCCGAACGUGCCUUGGAAUACCUCAAAGAAGCCUCCAAGCUGGAUGAAGAAAACGUGGAAAUCCUGUGUGCGAUGCUUCAGCAAUAUGUUACCAGGAAAAAAGAGGACGAGGCGCGGUCCAUCAUCCAGAAAGCUGUUACCGAGAGAGUCCCGGGCACGCAAUCCACCUUGUUGAUGGCUAUGCUGGCAACAGCUCUGAGCAAGGAGAACGAGAUUGACAUGUUGGCCGUAUUCAACGCAGUCUUUUCGGUCGUCUCUCCUUCCCCGGAACUGCGGACAGUCUUCCAACAUGAGAUGGAGGUAGCGAUUGCCACUGCGCGGACGGAAGGCAAGAACGAGGAGCUUGCGAUUCUAUUAUUCCAGCUCGGCAGUGCUGGGCACUAUCUGCACAAGGACUCUCCUGAGCAAUUAUCCAAUGCCGCAGGUAAUCUGCGCGAGUGUUUGGACACCAUUCGGAACAAGGUCGCUUCGGAAGACCGUGGUCGGCUAGAUUUCAUCAAACAAAGUGCGGUUGACCGUCUCAGCAUGGUCUACCUCGACCGGGCCAUGCAAACGGACGGAGAGGAAUCAGAGGCAGACGUGGAGAGAUUACGCCAGAUUCACAGGGAUGACCCUUCUGCCAAAGGCCCUAAGUCGGCGCUUGCAUCACUGUAUACGUUCAAGGGACAGAGGGAUAAGGCUCGUGACAUCUUCCGAGCCGAUAUAGUAGAAGCAUUCAACAUUCUGGCUGAUGAUGACAUCUUCAAUGAUUUAGACGGAUUCACUGCGCUUCGUAACCUUCUGAGCCGCACUGGGGAUUAUGAGAAUGCACUGCGUGCUGCAUUGCUGCUUCCGGAGUUACGGUUCGACGAUAUAGUCCUCAAAACGCUUCUUGCCGGAGAGGAGCCCGCUAUGGAAGCAGUCUGCGAGGAACUCAUCCAGUUCUAUCACACGGAGUGUCCAGACGCAAACAAGGACUGGCACAAUCUUACUAAGGUCUGGAAAGAAGCCAGCAGAUUAGCAUUAGAAGCAGAUGUUUUUAGCGAGAGGGCCGCUUGCUACCAUCGGGUCCAAAAGAUCCUUGCAAAACUUGAGAGACGGAUUGACUGCUCGCUCCCUUGCAAUACCUGCAAUCGGUACUGGGGCUAUAGCAACAAUCUUCAUGCCUGCAAGUAUUGCUACAAUGUGUUCCUCUGCAAUGCCUGCUGGGACGAGCUGCAAUCAGGCAAAGCAGGCAACGCUUUUGUGUGCAGCAGUACGCACGACUGGUAUGAGUUACCGCCAUGGACGAUGGAGAAGUAUUUGGAUGCUUGUGAAGGGUUGGUUCUCAUGAAGACUGUCGAUGGAGAAGAGGAGUUGGUCUCCGUUUCAAAAUGGCUGGGGACGCUGUGCGAGGAAUGGGGACUGUCCAAGGCUGACUGGAAUUUUGAGUAG